CCUGCAAUGUUUAGCGUUACCAUGGGGCUACAGAAGGCCCAUGGUGGCGUCUGGUCUCCGGGGCAACCAGGAAAGACAAAAAAACCAGUCCGUGGUGGCAAGGCAUAGUGGCUGCGAUGGUGUCGAACCCAGUGCAUGGCCUGCCCUUUCUGCCGGGCACAUCCUUUACGGACUCCACGAAAACAGCAUUUCACAGAAGCCAGACGCUGGGCUACAGGAACGGCUAUGCAGUCGCUCGACGUCCAACAGCCGCGGUGGGCGGGGACCGGCUCCAGGUCAACCAGCUGUCCCAGGCCGACCUGGAUGAGUUGGCCAGCCAGGUGUCCCUUCUGACUUAUGGCCAACCUAAGCAGGCCCCACCGCCAGAUUUUAUCCCUGCACAUGUGGCUUUUGACAAAAAGGUACUGAAAUUUGAUGCCUAUUUCCAAGAAGAUGUUCCCAUGUCAACUGAGGAACAUUAUAGGAUCCGUCAGGUGAACAUUUACUACUACCUGGAAGAUGACAGCAUGUCGGUCGUAGAGCCAGUUGUAGAGAACUCUGGGAUCCCUCAAGGCAAGCUAAUCAAACGCCAGCGCCUAGCCAAGAAUGACCGGGGAGACCAUUACCAUUGGAAAGACUUAAAUCGAGGAAUAAACAUUACGAUUUACGGCAAAACCUUCCGCAUUGUUGAAUGUGACCGAUUCACACAGGUAUUUUUGGAAAGUCAAGGAAUUGAAUUAAAUCCACCAGAGACAAUGGCUCUCGACCCUUACAUUGAACUCCGGAAACAGCCUCUUCGUAAGUAUGUCACUCCGUCGGACUUUGAUCAGCUCAAGCAGUUUCUCGCCUUUGACAAACAAGUUCUUCGAUUCUACGCAAUCUGGGAUGAUACAGACAGCAUGUUUGGUGAAUGUCGGAACUACAUCAUUCAUUACUAUCUUAUGGAUGAUACAAUAGAAAUUCGAGAGGUCCAUGAACAGAAUGAUGGGCGAGAUCCCUUUCCACUCCUGAUGAACCGCCAGCGCAUGCCCAAGGUUCUGAUGGAGAAUUCGAAGACCUUCCCUCAGUGUGUGCUGGAAAUCUCUGAUCAGGAGGUGUUGGAAUGGUAUACUGCCAAAGACUUCAUCGUUGGGAAACCGCUCACCAUCCUCGGGAGAACUUUCUUCAUUUACGAUUGUGAUCCAUUUACUCGAAAGUAUUACGAAGAAAAGUUUGGAAUCUCUGAUUUACCACGUAUUGACAUAAGCAAGAAGGAACCACUUCCUGUGAAACAGGAAUUACCUCCCUACAACGGUUUUGGACUAGUUGAAGACUCUGCUCAGAAUUGCUUUGCUCUCAUUCCAAAACCUCCCAAAAAAGAUAUUAUGAAAAUGCUGAUGAAUGAUAACAAGGUGCUUCGUUACUUGGCUUCACUGGAAUCCCCUAUCCCAGAAGACAAAGACCGCCGAUUUGUCUUCUCUUAUUUUCUAGCCACUGAUAUGAUCAGCAUCUUUGAGCCUCCUGUUCGAAAUUCUGGUAUUAUUGGCGGCAAGUACCUUGGAAGAACAAAAGUUGUCAAACCACAGUCUUCAGCGGAAAACCCCAUCUACUAUGGCCCUGGUGACUUCUACAUUGGGGCUGUGAUUGAAGUAUUUAGCCACCGGUUCAUCAUCCAUGAUAUAGACGACUACGCUUUGAAAUAUAUGGAGAGCAAUGCUGCCCAGUAUUCACCAGAAGCACUCGCAUCAAUCCAGAACCAUAUUCGAAAGCGAGAAGCUCCUGCACCAGAAUUAGAAAACAAACAAGCUGAAGUGGAUCCGGGCGUGCAAGAACUGGAAGCAUUAAUAGACACAAUCCAGAAGCAACUGAAAGACCUUCCACGCAGAGACAGCAUCUGUGAGGCCUUUCAGAUUUAUGACAAGGAAGCUUCCGGAUAUGUGGACAAAGAGGUGUUCUUUAAAACCUGCGGCUCUCUCAACAUCCCAGUGGACGACUCCUUGAUUAAGGAGCUGAUCAGGAUGUGCUUUCACGGAGAAGACAAGGUCAACUACUACAACUUUGUCCGUGCUUUCUCAGACUGACCUGGCUGGUGAGAGAGUGCAGUGCAGUCCUCCGAGGUCAGGCCCACACUUUGAAGUACACCUUGUAGUCUUUGUAGAGGCAUUUACAGAGCUCUUGACAUUUUAUUUAUAUAUAUAUUUUGUUCUUAUGUUUCUGAAGUCUAAAUUAAAUUGGAUCUUGUGGGAGCUAAGAUUGGUGCCUUAUUGAGGGAGGUAGGGGUAGGGGUGUUCUGAUGGUUCGUUCUAUGUGGCAGGUUGACUGGGCCUUGGGGUACCUAGAUAUUCAGUCCAACAUUAUUCUGGGUGUCUGUGAGAGUGUUUCUAGAUGUGAUUAACAUUUGAACUGGUAGACUGAGUAAAGCAGGCUGCCCGCCCCAGUGCUGGUGGGCCUCAUUCAACUCAUUACAGGCCUACAUAGAACUAAAAGGCUGACCCUCCCCUAAGUAGGAGAGAAUUCCCCUGGCCUAACUGCCUUCAAACCGGGACAUCAGCUUUUUCCUGCCAAUGACUCAAACCAGAGUGUUAGCCCCUCCUGAGGCCCAAGCGUGUGGGCCUUCAGACCGCAGCUACGCCACCAGCUUCCAUGGAUCUCCUGCAGCUUGCUGACUGCAGUUCUCGGGACUGGUCAGGCUGCGUAGUCAUGUGAACCAGUUCCUCAGA